GGAAGCACAGGAAGUCGAAUACAUGUCUUCAAGUUUCAAAGUUAUGUCAGCAAUGAUUCACUGAUUUUAGAAGAUUCUUAUUUCAAAAGCAUCAAGCCUGGUUUAUCAUCUUAUGCAAAAUCUCCAAAACUGGCUGCUGAAUCUUUGGAACCUCUGUUACGACAUGCCAAGAAGUAUGUGCCUAAACAUCUCUGGUCAUCAACACCACUUGCGUUGAAGGCCACUGCUGGGUUGAGACUGCUUCCACAGAAAGCUUCUGACAAUAUUCUCGCUGAGGUGAAAAAAUUGUUUGAAAGUUAUCCAUUUGACCUGUCUGCUGAUGGCGUGUCCAUCAUGAAGGGAGAUGACGAGGGCCUGUUUAGCUGGUUCACUGUCAACUUUUUAAAUGACAAUUUCAACGAAUUGUCAAAAACUGUUGGAGUGUUGGAUUUGGGAGGAGGAUCAACUCAAAUUACUUUCAUACCCAAAGCAACAGAACUGUUACAAUAUCAAGGCCACCCUCACAUAGUUCACCGUAAGUUAUUUGGUGAUCAAAUCACAAUAUACACUCACAGUUAUUUAGGCUUAGGUAUGAUGUCGGCUCGUUUUCAAAUCCUGGGAGGUACUGAACAAACAAAGAGCAGGUGGCAUUUAUGCAACAAGGAGGUCAAAAAUCUCAUCAGCAAAUACAAAAUUGACAAAAGUUUUAGUAUUCAAAAUUCUGAGUUUUACGCAAUAUCGUACUUCUUUGAU